AGAUAGUGCAGGAAUGCUUGGAAUUUUAUCCUUAUUAAUGGGUUUGCUGAAAAUUGAAGAAUUCAUUCCCCAGAACAGAGUUAUCCUCAAUCUUUUUAUAUUUGGCCGAGUUCCAGGCUUCAACCCUCCCCCUAUCCUUCAAACCCUCCCCAAACUCUCUCAGUAUCCCUAGAUUCUCUGAAACCCUCCCCUAAACAUUAAACUGGUCAGGGGCGUAGCCUGGAUAUACUCUGUGUAUUGUACAGUGUACAGGAUACAAAAGUACAAUGUACACAAUUUUUCUAGAUUCCUUUUAUUGAGAACUCUAAUAUUACUCGGCGGUUUAAACAAAAAACAAAAUUCUUAUCUUCAAGCUCAGUUUAAUUGAUUAAUAUUUCAGAGAAGGAUGUAUAUAUGAAAUCCAGGGUAUAGAUGUUGAAGUCGUGCAGGAUGUUGGUGCGACUAUGUGUCUCUGUCCUCGUUGUAUGCGGGUCAGCUAUGACUCGUGCCGGUAGUCCAGAGUAUGUUGUUGAGUAUGAGGAGUUGUUGAGUAAGGUAGAGGAUAGAGCAGGUCUUCUAGCAAUUAAAGCUCUUCACCAGCAACUUGAUGAUGAUAAUGAUGGAACUAUUGAACCUUCGGAGACAGGAGACUUUAUCAAGGCAGAUCUCAAGUCGGUGAUAGCAGAGGAUGGAGCUCCAGGUUUCCUAGCUAGCAAUGAUAACAAUCACGCUUUGGUUCAGUUUGACGGGGACGGAAGGCGUGAGAAGCUGUUCCACAAGAAGGACUCGGAGAUUACGGUCUCUGAUCUCUGGAUAACCUGGGUAAACUCCGAGGUAUACAACUGGACUGUGGAGCAGACUGUAGAUUGGUUGUCUAACAAUAUAGAUCUCCCACAGUACGCUCCAGUGUUCCUCAGCAACAAGGUGGACGGAACCAAACUCCCCUUGGCUGCUGGAGAUCCGUCUUAUCUCUCUAAGAAGUUGGGAAUCAGUAAUUCUAUUCAUCGAUCCAAGAUCUCCUUGAAAGCAAUGGAUGUUGUCCUGUUUGGUCCACCAAAGGAACCAACCAACUGGUUGAAGGACCUAAUCCUCAGUGGUCUCCUUUUAGCCUUGAUCAGCGCCUUGUUCUGGGCGUACAACCAGAAGAAGAAGUCAGAGGAGCACCUGGCGAAGAUGAUUAAGGACAUGGACAGCUUGAACAAGGCGGAGAAGAUGCUGCAGGAUAUGCAGAGUAAGAUCAACAAGAAUGAGAUUAGUUAUACUCCUGUUGAUCAGCUGGGCGUAGGAGAGGAGGAGGUUGAAAGGUUGAGGGAGGAGGUGGAGAUUCUCAGGAAUGAGUUGAUGAAAGCUGAAGUAGAACUGGAGGAUAAAUGCUGGGUGGCUCCGACUAUACUUCAGCACUGGCUACAAUUAACCUACGAGAUAGAGAGCCAAGUCUACAAUGAGAAGCGUAAAGUUGCUGAGUCCCAGAUGGCACUGGCUAAGGACGCAUGUGAGAAACUGAAGCGGAAAAGAUCAAGUCUCGUGGGAGCAUUCGUCUCAACCCACGGCAGGUCUAUAGACGAUGUGGAUAAAACUAUCCUGGAAGCUAAGACUGCAUUAGUGGAGCUGACCCAAGAUCUAACGGAGCGGAGCAGGAGAUGGAGACAAAUAGAAAUCCUUACUGGGGUUUCUAUAGUCAGUAACCCGGGCCUUCUAACACUACAGAAAAUAGUGAGGUAUGUUGGAGGAGGGAAUAAACCUGCUAGAACUGGAAUGUCCUCCCGAAUGUCUAAUGUAUCCCUAGAUGAUAUGCACGAUGAUGAUGCUCGAAGUAUCGCUGCCAGCUCCCACAUGUCCUCACAUCUCUCCGUUAACAGAUCAUUAACUUGUAAAGACUCGGCGUUACGUAGAGCAGCAUUCGAGAUCUCCAGGGAGUCGAGCAAAGAGUCGAGUAACAGCGAGUCUGACGAUCAUAUAGAGAAACCGAAAGAAAUCUUGAGAAGUAGAAUCAGCCAGAGUAGUAUGUCCAGUGAUACAUCAAGGUUGAGUCAGAGAUCUGAACCAUCUCGCUCUGCAACCCCGCCCCUGUCUCUAAGUCCGACCCAGAGAAGGUUGAGGAUGGUCAAAUCGUUCAGCCAGGACGCAUCCCACGAAGGGACAGUUCCUACAGAAAUGACGGGGAGUGUGAGUGAGGGAGCGCUCCAUACAACACUCUUACAUAGGGUUAAAGGAAGCAAACCAGUAUUGGACGAGAUUGAGGAAUCCUGCUCAGCUAGUGACACGGGUUCAUUGUCAGACCUUACUUUAGAAGGAAAGAAGAAAGAGAAAAAAUCUUUCUUCAACUUCCGUCGGAAAAAGGAGAAGGUUGAGACGCUCAGCUGAUUACGGUUUUUGCUCCGAGGUGGAGCAAAACCUAAAGUAGUGAAACCGAGAGCAGGAGUUUCUCUUCUAUCUGCUCAAAUCUCCGGACCAUAUAGACAAGACGGAGCCGUGAGCAAAUCCAGCUCCGAUAAUCUGAAAUUUAACUCCUGUCUUAUCCAACCUGGUAAAACGGUUGACCAACGAUGCCAUUCAGCUAAAUUUGAUUUUAACAAGUUUAAAUCCUUUGUUUCUUCAUUGAAAAGAAGAUAGCGUAAAUUAUAAUGCUACAAUUUAUGUAAAUUAAUUUUAGAUUCGAAAAUGAAAUUAAAGUGUCAUCUUUAUGGGAGCUUGAUCUUAUUCUGGCAUUUUAUCCAUCCAGGUUGUUAGCCGGUCAAGCUCAAAUAUUUUAGUGAUAACAAGUCUCAAUCAUGAUUCAACAGUUCUUCGAGAACGUUUUAGUUUCGUGGAUUAGUCGGACCUUCAACCAAGAUGGUUCUAUUUUAGCUCUUGAUAAUGCAAACUAGUGGUAUUAUAUUGAAACCUUCUCGUUUCUUCCAAGUUGUUAUUUUACAGAUUUUAUAGAUGAAUUUUACAAGUUUUUUUCGGGGCGUUUUUGCCGUUUUUGGUAAGCAUAUAUUUGCUUUAAUUGUAUUUUUUGAAACAUUUAAAUUGCGGCUUUAAUACGGGAAUCCCGGUAACUGUGAUUUUUCGACAUUAUGUUUGUUGUUAUUCUAUUUCAUAUAUUUAUUACAUUGGAGCCUUAGGCCCUCUUUUACAUACAAAUGUGCUAUUUAACACCUUAGGUUGUGAAAAGUCAUCUUUCCCUAAUUAUGUGUACAUGAUACAACUAUAUUUGAAUGUACUAAUAAGUUAUAUUUAUCAUUAGAAAUUAGUAUUUAAAGUUACCAAUGGGAAAUCUUUUUAGGAUUUCCCCAAAACCUUCUUGAUAAAUAAAUAAACCUUCUUUCCUUCUUGA